AUGUUUAAACAUGAAAAUGUAUACAUUAAGGUGGACAUAAGGGAACCUAAUUCUGUGUGGAAAGAGAAACAUUGUGGGUCCUAUACUGAUCCUCAUAUGUUAACGUUUGAUGGAUAUAAGUAUGAGUGUCAAGAGGAAGGAACGUAUAUUUUGUAUAAAAAUGCAAAAUUUAAUCAAGAGGUACAAGUGAAACAUCAUAGGUGUCAUCCACAUUACUCAUAUCCCAGAUGCACAUGCGCAGUAGCCGCAAGAUCUGGAGGGGAUAUCUUCACUGUAAAUAUCUGUUACGGCCAAACAUUUAUUAACUUCCCUCUCUGCGAGGAUAGAGCUUUUAAAGUGAUGAGGAAGAAUGACAAAUAUUACCAGGUCCUAUUCCCAACUGGGACUCUAGUGGAAAUUUUGAUUGUUGCGUGGCCUUACAGCACUGUCUUUCAAAUAAAUGUCAAAAUAUUUCCCUCACCUCCAGACGUUGGUAAUACGAACGGUUUGUGUGGAGUUUUGGAUGGUACGCAGCACAACGAUUUAACAAGGAGAGAUGGAACUGUAGAUAAUCCCAAAAAUUUUCGAUACCACUCACCUCCGCGUGUCUUCUUUAGGUCUUGGCUUUAUGGUACAGUUGAGAGCUGUAAAUUCAAAACAGGGAAGCCGUUUCAGUGCUUUGUAUACCCUGAUGGGUCCAAAAGACGGAAACGGGAUUUGUCGCAUCUCACAAGAAUCAUGGAAUUUGCUGCCGGAGACGAAAACCAAAUCAACUUCUCGGAGAGGAGCAAAAGACAAAUUUACGAUGUAAGAACAGAAAAAGAAGCUGAAGAAGUGUGCAUCAAAGCUUUCGAGGAAACCGACGCGAUUACUACCUGUCGACAAUAUGACUCUGAUAUAAGUAAAACUGCUGUUCACAACUGUAUUUCGGAUGUGAUGAUGACUGGUGACAACAACAUAACAAAGAUACACAUUGAAGCAACUCUACAGCAAUGUUCCAGUCUUGUUCUGUUUAAUUCAACCUUUCAAGAAGAACAGCCUGACGUAACACACCUCAUCGAAUCACUCUGUCCAAAUAAUUGUAGUGGGAAUGGUGAAUGUAAUGAAGGAAAUUGUACAUGCGGCGAAAACUUUGCUGGAAGUGAUUGUUCUUUUGAUAUACUUGGGCCUCCAAACAUAAGACACAUUUCAGACUUUGGUUUCUGUGACAAGUCGUAUGAAGAAUGUGACGAAAUAACCCUGUAUGGAGAACUAUUUUUAGAAAAAAUGAAGACAGAUUGCUUCAUAACAAGAAAAACGUUUCAGCAAGAUGGAACACAUUCCAAAGAAUUCUUUCAAAGCGGUUUGGAGCCAAGAACAUUAUUUGAAGGAUAUUGCCCUCUGUCAUACAGUACGGAGUCCCAUUGGGUGACAGAAUUUACUUUCAAUGUGUCGAACGAUGGAAUUAGAUUCACAGAUACUUUUAAUGUGUAUACAUAUCAAUCAGACUGUCAGGAAUUUAAAAAUAUCAGUGGAAACAUCAGUUUUACUCUAAAGAGUGGCUACUGUUUCAUCAAUGGAAGAUGUUAUAUUGAUGGAGGCACGAAUCGUGACAACCAAUGUGAUUUAUGUAAUGUCACUCUGGACAGUUAUAGCUGGUCAUUCAAUCCAGAUCACUGUUUAAUAAAUGGAGAGUGUUAUGUGAACGGAGAAAUAAUGGGGACAAAUCCAUGUAGCGCAUGUCUUCCGUCUAUGGACAAGUGGAACUGGUCAAAUAACCCAGGAUACUGUUACAUUGAUGGCAUUUGCUACUUUGACGACCAGUUUCAAUUGAACAAUGAUUGUUAUAAAUGUAAUUAUACCCGGAAUAGAACAGAAUGGACAUUCAAUGAAGGUCAUUGUUUUAUUGAUGACCAAUGCUAUAAAGCGGGAGAAAGUCAUCAAAAAACCAAAUGUAUGACGUGUGAUCCUGAUCACAACAGAAAUAACUGGACCCUGAAUACUGGUAAAAUGAUUUGA